GCAAAGUCCACAGUGCACCACAGGGGAAUACACCAGAAGAGAUCAUGAUGCUCGAACAUUUAAACACAACAACAACAUCAGAAUUUCUGGCCAAUGUCCUCUUUUACAUUGGAGGUUUUAUUGUGUCCAAACUUGUUCAAGAGCUUGAAUGUCCAUUUUGCAAAAGCUGUCUUCUUUCCUGUUUUUCCACACCAACUCCUGACCACGACUACUGUGCAAUGGGUACAAUAAAGUAAGCACAGCUUCUGCUUUUACAUUGUUCAUCAAUAACAGUGGUCUGCGAAUCCCUUCACAGUCAGUCUACCAAGUUGUUGAGUUUUCUGAAAAAGUAUUUAAAGCAUAUGUAUGUAAGGAAGGUCGAACCAUCACAAGGGAGAAAAAAUUAAAGCAGAGAAUGAUCAUGGAGGUAUGUCAACACUUUGUCAUGGAUUCAAAGCAAUUGUUUGACGAUCACCAGGAAGGAUGGCCAACGAGAAUGUGUUCGAGGACGACCAUCGCACAUUACUCAUCAAACUUACUGCAGACAAGUACUUUACACUAAGACUAUUCACCUACAGCAAACGCUACGAGACGGUUGUCACCGAAGGGAAGCCAAGCAACAGACACAAACUUACCAAGUUAAUCUUGUUCAGAAACGUACCAGUGAAAUCGUGAGUAAAUAUUAUAUUUCGAUAUAUUGGUGUGUCAAGUAUAGUAUAUAAGUGAAAAGCAGUAAUAUUAACAAGGAAUAAUAUAACAAAAAUUUUACAUCCCUGUAUAUUAAAAAGUCCCAAGAUCCAAGUUCAUACAGCGACGCAGCGAUGUUGUUGGGAACUGACCAAACAGAUAAGAUAUAUUGUAUAACACUUUAGGGAGGGAUAGUUAAUUAGGGAGAUUAGUCAUAGUAGGUAUCAGUGAGUGUCAUCGUGACAGUGAGAGAGAACGGAUGUGAGACAGCUGCGACGAGCAUACAAUGUGAUUUUGGGUAUUCUUAUAUUUUCUGUUAAAACUUAUAUAUAAAUGUGAUUUGUCGAGGACUACUGUUUUGGAGGCAAACAUUCUCGACACAUGGCACCUCCUAAAGGGAUAGCUGAAACGCCAGUUAACUUAUCUUAAGUACGAAUCAACGACAAAACGUGACAUGGAGAAGCUUGAGACAAAGCUGAAACAGUUGAACCUAGGAGUCCUUCGAACGAAGAAUAUCUUGGACUCAGGUAAGAGAGAAUCAAUUAAGCGGCAUCUCGAUGCGCUACGUGAGACUGUUCGGGAAUCAAACGAACUUAAACGAGCUGCUGAAGCGGCAAAAAUCGAACUAGGCGAAAGCGUCGAGAAAAUUAAUGAUUGGAACAAUGAGACUGACGCUAAGAUUGAACUGGCGGACAUUGAAAUUGAUCAGUUAGAGAGUUGGCUUGCGGAAAAGGAACGUUCCGAGCAUCUCAUAGCACAAGAGAAGCAGUUUAAUGUUUAG